UUAAAAUCUGGGUCCAUGUUGAGUAGUAUAGAGGAAAAACGAAAACCUAUACACCUAAAAUCCAAAUUAAGAAAAAGAAACCCUAAAAUGGUGAAGGGACGAAAAUGGAUUCUAAAACAGCAUUUCUCCGGGGAACCCAAGAUUGAUGAUUUCGAACUGGUAGAAGAGGAAUUGCCUGAACUCAAGAAUGGAGAAAUCAUGUUCAGGUCUCUGUAUAUUAGUGUGGAUCCUUACCAAAAACCCUUCUCUGCCAGUAAUCCUGUUCCCUCUACAAUGAUCGGAAGUAGCGUGGCAGUAGUUGAAAAAUCCAAGCAUAAAGGAUUUCCUGAGGGAGCUGGUAUUGUACUGUACGCAGGAUGGGUGGAGAGGGGAAUAGUAAACCCGGAUGAAAAGCUCUCUUUCCUGGGAGGAACCUGGAAGUACCCAAAGAUAAAAGGAUUAUCUCCGAGCAUGAUGCUGGGGGCCUGUGGUAUGCCGGGACUAACAGCUUACUUCGGAUUAUUGAGAGUCUGUGAACCGAAGUCUGGUGAGACUGUAGUGGUAUCAGGUGCUGCUGGAGCUGUUGGUUCUAUGGUUGGACAGAUUGCUAAAAUCAAGGGCGCUAAAACUAUUGGUUUCACGGGGAGUGAUGAGAAGGUUAAAACGCUGAAAGAUAUUGGAUUUGAUUAUGCUUUCAACUACAAGAAGAUAUCUGUUGAGGAUGCUCUGAAAGAAUCUGCUCCUCAGGGAGUAGAUUGCUAUUUUGAUAAUGUUGGAGGAGAUAUGUCAACCUCUGUUCUACAGAAUAUGGCUCAGGGGGGUCGUGUAUCUGUGUGCGGGGCUAUCAGCACCUAUAACGGGGGUAAACCAUCCAAAUGUGUUGAUCUACUUCCGCUUUUCCUAUUUACGGAGUUGAAGAUUGAAGGAUUUGUAGUUGGAAGAUGGGAGAAGGAACAUGAAGCAGGAUUGAGGGAGUUGGCACGCUGGAUCAAUGAAGGAAAACUAAAGGCAGAGGAAACUGUUGUUGAAGGAUUUGAAAAUACUCCCCAGGCUUUCCUUGGCUUAUUUGAUGGUUCGAAUACUGGGAAGAUGGUUGUUAAAGUUUAAUCCUGGAACCUGGUCUGCCUCUGAGCAUCAACUCAUCAAGCUUUUUUUUAAAGCUUUUACAUCCUCAACUAUGCUUGAAAAGUUGUUAGCGUUUAAGUUUUGAUAUAAUUAACGCACAAGCGUACAUGCAGUUAUAGUGCAAUUUCUUAAAAAACAAAUACUUUAAACAAUUGAAUUAAUUCUGGUUUUUAUGGAUAAUGUUUUAUUGAUUCUUAAUGGAUAUUCUUUUGAUUACAUGAUAUUAUUAUGAACAGUAAUAAAGCUUUUGACAAUAUA